UUUGAGUGACUGUGAGCAAUUCAACUUUGAGGUUACAAAAGUUUACAUAAUAUUAUACUAAAUUUUAAUAUUUUAACUUAAUUCACAACUAUUUGUAAUGGCAUUUUCCGGGCCAUUCUCUAAUGAGGUUCCAUUUUGGGGCAAUGGACCAUCUCCAGGCUGCAUUUACGAUUUUCCAAGGGCUAAUAAGAGUUUGAUGAACGAUGGCUUCAGACAACAUUCACAGAGACCAAUUACAACCACAACAUCAGUUCUGGCUAUUAAGUUUGAUGGUGGAGUGGUCAUGAGUGCAGACCUGUUAGGGUCCUACGGUAGUCUAGCUCGGUUCACCAACUGCUCCCGAAUUGUCAAUAUCAACAAGAACAUUAUGAUUGGAGCUAGUGGGGACUACGCAGACUUUCAGUAUCUUAAGGAUAUUGUCCAACAGAAAAUAAUCGAUGAGGAUUGUAUGGACGAUGGAUUUUGUCUGAAGCCCAAAUCUCUCCAUUGCUGGCUGACCAGAGUUCUAUACAAUCGCAGAUCCAAGUUUGACCCGCUUUGGAAUGAUUAUGUGGUUGCUGGAUUACAGGAUGGUGUUCCAUUCCUAGGAGCUGUGAAUAUGCUCGGCACAGCUUAUGAAGACAAGCAUAUUGCGACUGGCUACGGAGCUCACAUCGCUCUUCCGUUGAUGAGGGAAGCUGCAGAGAAAAAGCCAAACUUGACGCAGCAAGAGGCACAGCACCUGCUGGUCAAGUGUAUGGAGGUGUUAUACUAUCGUGACGGUCGAACCUUUAACAAGUACCAAAUUGGCUGUAUAACCGCAACUGGAGUGGAAAUCACCGACCCAUUAACAAUUGUUGGCAACUGGUCCACUGCAAAGGUCUACUGAGUUGUUAAAAUGUUCAAGGUGCUGAGUUUUCUUCAAUGAUGUUCUUAAUACACGUUUUGUCCCUUAAUUUUAUAUUUAUAAAAUAAAUUGUGAUGAUUGA